AUGACUCGACAACACGAGAUCGACGAGGCAACAGAAGGCGAGCAGACCGCCAAUGGCAAUGGCGCUGCCGAGGAUGCGUCCCCGGGGCCACAAACCGCGGAGACGACUACGGCGACGGUCCCAGCUGCUCAAGUCGACAAGAGCCCAUCUGCUCAAGCUCCAACCCUGACUCAAGUGAUUGUCCCUGCUCCCGCCCUGGCCCGCGUGAUGGCUCCUGGUCCUAGGCGCAAGAGCAAGACGCCCAUACAAGAUGUCUCCAACUCUAUUCGCAUCCAUGUCGACGGUCGGGUCAAGAAUCCGAUACCCAGCAGGAUCCAGCACAUCGCCAAGAAAGACAGCGGCAACUUCUCCGUCAUGCACAUUGGUGUAUCUGGCACCAUGUCCGAAGAUCCGGACGCUGCCGCCAGACGAACCAGCGAGAGGACCGCAGCGCAAGCAAGGCAGGCGAGUCAAGGAGGCUGGCAACCACCCAAGCGCUCACGAGCCGCCUGGCAUACCGACGGCCCGGACACUCCCGCAUCCAGGCUCGCCUCACAGCCGCCAGCCGGGACGCCGCGACAACACCAGCAGCCUCCCCUCGCCGGCCCGCCGCCUCAAGAGGCCAAGUCAGAACAGGCGCGGCUACUUACACUGCUUCGAACGCUGCAUCCCCUGCUGGUGGUGGAUCAGCUAUGCAAGGCCCUGGCAUACUUUGGCGGCAUUCCUGGCGCUCCGCCUCCCGCGGACGGCGUAUUCCCCCAGAGUGCGACUAAGAACGGACCCGGCUCGCUCCUCGUGGGCUGGCUUUCCGAAAUCUUCCCUCACGUCGAAAACCCUGGUUCAAUCGCGCCGCCGCUACAGCUCCCACCCCGGUCGUCUGCGCCUGAUGCACCGAAUUGGGGCAACGUCGUUCCAUCUGGCACAGCUCCUGGCAAGAGGCCUCGGGGCCGGCCCAAGGGUAGCAAAAGCUCGAAGGCUCGCAAGGACAAGGGCCUCAAGAAGUCUCGCCCGGCAACGCUCCAGAGUGCAGGCGUUUCACAGCCCACGGCAGUAGGCGAUCGUGACGAAAUCGGCGACGCUACGUCUAAUACUCCUGCAGCAGCCGCGGCAUUGGAGCCGCUUCAGCCCGCAGCCACCGAGACGGAAGCAUCCGCGCCAGAUGUGCCGGCCAGCAACCCCAACCCGGAUUCGAGCAUCAUUAGCACUCCUGGUGGGAGGAAGAGAGGCAGGCCCAAGGGGUCCAAGAAUCGUCCCAAGAGCAAGCCAGAUGCUCCGCAGGAAACCCCCGAUCAGCAAGGCUCGGAACCGCCCGCCCCGGCCCACCAAUCCCCCAACACAGCGCCGCCAACAUUCAACGCUGGUCAGAGCGUCGCCGCUUUGCCCGCCGGCGGCCUUGGUUCAGGCUCACCUCCGAGGAACCUUGCUUUGAACAACGGCGCAUCGUUGCCAAGCCAGUCUAGCACCAGGGCUGCUGUGCCAUUUGUCCCCAGCUCCCAGAGCCCGAGCCAGCCACACGGACAGCAUACCCGGCCUCCUGUUCUUUCAAAAGCACCCCAUCAAAAUGGCCGCACAACGGAGACAAAGAAGCGGGCGCGGGCAGCAGAGAGCAGCGAUCAAGUGUCGACUGAGGAGGCUGCUCACCAAGAUGAGACAGCAGGCAGGCGACAGAAGGCACCCAAGGCCAAGAGACGACGCGUGACGAAAGAUACAAACCCCGGGCACGUCACGGGAGCCGCGCAAAGCACGGAACAAGACACGAGGCGCUCCCAAGCUGUGUCCCAGAGCUUCGUCAGCGAAACAACGACGCAGCCAACAUCUAGGAGCUUCGAUUCCCAAGACUCCGUACACGAUAGCUUGUCCACCCGGAGAGAAGGGACGGUUCGGGGCAGCCCUCAACAGCAUCGACAUCAACACCAGCAGCAGCACCAACAGACGCAACAACAGCAAUUUGGCUCGCAGCAGCCAAACGCUUCACCUACUCUGACGGGAGUCGAUCGUCGUGCUCACCCUCCCAUGCAGGCCACCUCGUCCCCACAGAGAAGAGAUGCAACCACGACUUUCUACGGGCUACAAGCUCAUUCGGGCAUGUCGCCACAAAUGGUCUUUGCUCAACAACAGCGCCAGGAACAGCAGCGCCAGGAACACCGGCGGCAACAGCAGCAGCAAUAUCAACAGCAAUCACCCCAGCCGCCUCAGACGACAGCCCCCCAACGCACCAACGCCAACAUGUCUCACGGGGUUAAACCCAUGGACAGCCAUCCGCAGUAUCGACAAAACAUGGCGGCGCAAGCGCCCUUCGGCUCCGCAGUGGCCAGGGUUUCUCAGCAACGUAACAUGGGAGCUGGCCGUGGCCAACGACAAGGCCCACCGCAGCAACCAGUGGCCCGACAGUCACAAGGAGGGGCCAACCAGAGCCGGUCGCAGCUCCAAGAACAGCAGCUCGGCGAGAUGAACUCGUUCGCUUCGUCUUACGGGGAACAAAGCUUCCUCAAUAUGGACUAUGGGCUCACCGAGCGGGAUCUUCAGGAUGCCGAGGCCGUUAUGGGCCGCCACGGUGGAUGA